GGAAAUGCCGCUGACUGUGUUCCGUUUCUGCUACCGCUGUUUGUACCAGGGACUUCCGGCUAUCUCGUUAGCUACGCAGUCAAUCUGAACUAAUAUUUAAAAACAGGAAAAGGACAAGCUUUAAGCUGAUCAGACAACAUGCUGGUCCCCAUAUUCACCCUGAAAUUAAACCACAAGAUUAAUCCUCGGAUGGUGACCAUCGGGAAGUAUGACGGACUUCUUGUUGUUUUUCUUCUAUUUCUGUUCAAAUAGGUUUUCAUCCAUAACCCUCACACUCGUGCUCAGAGACCCGUCUCUCACCGGCUCAGUCAGAGCGCCCAGGACUCGGACGUCUCACUUCUCAACAUCAACCAGGCAGUCAGCUGUUUGACUGCAGGGAAACUGGGGCCGAACACGACCGGAGACACCCUGCUGGUGGGAUCCCAGACCAACCUGCUGGCCUACGACGUCCACGACAACGCAGAUGUCUUCUACAAAGACGUAGCAGAUGGAGCCAAUGCUAUUGUGUUGGGUCAACUUGGUGACAUUUCUUCUCCACUGGCCAUUAUUGGAGGAAACUGUGCCUUACAAGGAUUUGACUACAUGGGAAAUGACAAAUUCUGGACAGUGACUGGAGACAACGUCCGCUCUCUUGUCCUCAGUGACUUCACUGGAGACGGAAAAAAUGAGCUACUGGUAGGAUCUGAAGAUUUCGACAUCCGAGUGUUCAAAGAGGACGAGCUCGUCUCUGAAAUGUCUGAGAAUGAGACUGUGACAGCGUUAUGUCACAUGCACGACUGCAGGUUUGGCUACGCUCUUGCUAAUGGAACUGUUGGAGUCUAUGACCGCAACGCCCGCUACUGGAGAAUCAAGUCAAAGAAUCAUGCGAUGAGCAUCCAUGCCUUCGAUCUAAAUUCUGAUGGUGUUGUGGAGCUAAUCACUGGAUGGUCAAAUGGAAAGAUCGACGCUCGUAGCGAUCGCACAGGAGAGGUGAUCUUUAAAGACAACCUCUCGUCCUCGGUGGCAGGAGUGGUGGAGGGAGACUACAGGCUGGACGGACAAAAACAACUCAUCUGUGCCUCAGUAGAAGGAGAAGUCCGUGGUUACCUGCCGGCGAGUAAAGAGCUGAAGGGAAACCUCAUGGACUCCAGCGCUGAACAGGACCUGGUCCGUGAACUCAGCAAUCGCAAACAGAACCUGCUGCUGGAGCUCAGGAACUAUGAGGAGAACUCUAAGGGCGUGUCAGAGAGCAGCGGUGGCGUCGGUGUGAUCCCAGCCAACACUCAGCUGCAGACGGCGCUGUCGGUCAGAGCGUCGACGGAGGCCCAGAAGGCUCACGUGGAGCUCAGCAUUUCGACACCAAACGAAACGAUCAUCCGUGCGGUGCUUAUAUUCGCCGAGGGGAUUUUUGAGGGGGAGAGUCACGUCGUCCACCCCAGUGCACAGAACCUGUCAGGGUGUGUUCGAGUCCCCAUCGUCCCACCCAAAGACAUACCAGUGGACCUGCACAUCAAAGCCUUCAUUGGAGGCAGGACCAGCACACAGUUCCACGUGUUUGAAAUCACACGCCACCUUCCUCGUUUCUCCAUGUACGACAUCAGCUCCGACUCUGACUCCGCUGAGCCCCCGAGUGGGAGAGUCACCUUCAGCAUCAGUGAGCGACCACAGCGGGUGGUGAUGUGGCUGAAUCAGAACUUCCUGCUGCCGAAGGGCGUAGACAGUCCUGAUGUCACCUUCACGUCUCUGAGAGGAGGAGGACACUUGUCCAUCAGCAUGGCCAGCAGUGGACAGAUCACACUGCGGACUGAUGACGUGGACCUGGCGGGAGACCUGGUCCAAUCACUGGCCUCCUUCCUGGGAAUAGAGGAGCUGUCGUCAGAGGCAGACUUCCCAGAAUACUUUGAGGAGCUGCGGACGACACUCACUGAGGUGGAUGAGUUCCACUCUGUCCACCAGAAGUUGACCGCAGCCAUGGCCGACCACUCCAACUACAUCAAGAACAUGCUGGUGCAGGCGGAGGACGCUCGUCUGAUGGGACACACGACGACGAUGAAGAAGAGAUACAGAGAGCUGUACGAUCUGAACAGAGAUCUCAUCAACGAGUAUAAAAUCCGCUCCAACAACCACAACGCUCUCCUGGCCUGUCUCAAGUCCGUCAACCUGGCUAUACAGCGCGCAGGGAGGCUGCGAGUGGGUAAGCCCAAAAACCAGGUGAUCGCUGCCUGCCGAGACGCCAUCAAGAGCAACAACAUCAACUCCCUCUUCAGAAUCAUGAGAGCUGGAACGGCAUCGUCCUGAGAACAGAGAGAGACAAGAAUGUUCUGGAACAAAACUGGAACGACAACUACUGCACACGUGGACUGGAGAUGGAAACUCGCCUAAAUCCACGGUUCCCCACAUAAUUGUAGCUUUAGGCACCGACGUUGCAGCGACAUUUAUGGCCUGUUCAGGAUGGAGAUUAUCGACCACAGACUUUGGGAGAAAAUAUAUUCAUCUGUCUGAGUCUCAUAAACACAGCAGUCAGCAGCAGCAGUGAGUCAGCUGUUUAUGGAGAGUCCAGUCAGAACCAAACGGAGCGGAGUCUCCAUCAAACCUCCAUCAAACCUCCGUCAAACCUCCGUCAAACCUCCAUCAAACCUCCAUCAAACCUCCAUCAAACCUCUGUCAAACAUCUGUCAUCUGUGUUUACAGUGAGUGUAGAAAAAAAAUAAGAAGAGUUUAGACAGGAAAUUAAAUUUGUACCGACGAUUUACCGCGGUGCAGAAAGUGUUUGAUCUGAGAGAGUGAUGUUUAGAAGCAGAACAUCUGGACCCACCGUCUGAACUCAGUGUCUCCAUCUGCUGGAAGCUGUGGUGCGUUCGUAGCCAAAGAAAAUAAUUCACAACGACAGAGGAUUAAAACUGUGACACAUUUGUUUACCUUUUAUAGACUGUGACGCAGUGCUUUGUGUAUCGUGUGUGUGUUUGUGUGUGUGGCGUAAAUAAAGAAUAAAUUAUUUCA